AGCGUCACUGUCAGUGUCAUCCGUCAGCCGGUCACAGAUCAUCAAAAAUAUAAAUUUAUUUAUUUAAUUUACAAAGUUUUGAACUAUCAAAUUAAUAAAUAAAUAGUGUUAUCAAUUUAUUAGCACAUUUUUACAUACUUUUUAAUCCAAGGAAUGCCAUAAAAAAUAAUAUGAAAUCAUAUUAUGAGUAGUAAGAAUAAAUUGUAUCACUCAGUAUCAUGUGGUCUUUAGUGAUUUUAAUACUUUUAUCAUUAUUUGCGUAUAUUUUAACUGAUGAGUUAAUAUAUAAGCUACAAAGUUUAUUCAUAAAUGCAGGCUUAUUUGGCAUAGAUUUAUGUAAAGUUUCUAAAGAGAAAAUUUAUUUUCAUUUUAGCCCAGAAGCUAUUGGAGUUAUUUCAGGAUGUGUUUUUUUAAUAACAAUAUUAUUAUUUAUUCCAAUAGGCUUUGGAUACAGCCUAAUGGAUAGAGGAAAUUUUCCGCACCAUGAGUUUGCAGAACUGUUAGCUGCUCUACUAUCAAUAUGUUGUAUGUUACUGCUAGGAUUUGCAGAUGAUGUGUUGAAUUUAAAAUGGAGAUAUAAACUGCUAUUGCCAACCAUUGCAUCGCUACCAUUACUUGUGGUGUAUUAUGUCAACUUUAAUUCUACAACAUUUAUUAUACCAAUACCUCUACGCCAGUUCUUUGGGAUAUCGGUGAAUAUAGGUUUUCUUUAUUACAUUUAUAUGGGAAUGUUGGCAGUAUUUUGCACUAAUGCAAUAAAUAUUCUAGCUGGAAUAAAUGGCCUUGAAGUUGGACAAUCAGUCAUUAUUGCUUUGUCAAUAAUAUUGUUUAACAUUAUUGAGUUGAGAGGUGAUCAGUACAAAGCUCACAACUUUUCACUACAUAUAAUGAUUCCAUAUCUAGCCACAACAUUGGCUUUAUUAAAACAUAAUUGGUACCCUUCAAAAGUUUUUGUAGGAGAUACAUUUUGCUAUGUUUCUGGCAUGACAUUUGCAGUUGUGGGUAUCCUCAGCCAUUUCAGUAAAACAGUCUUAUUGUUUUUUCUGCCACAAAUUAUCAACUUUUUAUAUUCUGUUCCUCAACUUUUCCAUAUUGUACCAUGCCCUAGACACAGACUUCCUAAAUAUAGUGCAGAAACUGACUUGUUGCGAGCUAGCAGAACUGUUGUUUUAAAAAAGGACAUGCCAUUAUUGACUAAAGUAGUUCUACGAAUUUUUACAUCACUUAAAUUAGUAGAUAAAGUAGAAGAUAAAGAUGGUGUAAUAUUAAAUAACAUGACAUUGAUAAACCUGGUUUUAAUCAAGUUAGGGCCAAUGUCAGAAGUCCAAUUAACGAAAACUUUGUUAGUUUUUCAAAUUUUUUGCACGUGUAUAGCAUUUUUAAUUAGAUACCCUAUGGCCUCUUAUUUUUACGAUUUAAAUAUAUAUAAUAAUUUUGUUUCCUAAUACAUAUAUACAGGGUGCUCGGGAGUAUUUCCUAUAACUCUAGGGUUAUAUUUUUUAACAAAAUUAAUUAAAAAUGUCCAAGGAACAUGCAUUCUGAAAUGAAUAUUUUUGGUGUAAAAAAUAUUUCUUUUGUAAAUAGAUCUUAUAUUGUGUCCUAAUAAUGCAUCCUUAUAUUAUGACCUAGCCAAACUUAUUCAUUGAUAAAUAUCAUGAAGUAGCUUACUAGUGAAUGCCAGUUGUGAUAACUGGUUGAUAUCAACAGUCUUACCACUACAAUUACGGAUUUUAAAAGGCAAGUAUAGAUUAAGGCGUGUGUUACAUAGAUAGUCGGAAUUAUUUGAAUUACUUUGUAUGAAAACCUAGAAAGUUUUUUUUAUUACUUGAAAAAAAAAAUAGUUAUGCAGUUUGUCUCCUAUCAGUGGACUUGUUAACGUCUUGAAGUUAUGGGAAUACUCCCGAGCACCCUGUAUAUAUAAUAUUUUUAUACAUUAAGUAAGUAACCAAAUAAUUUAAUAUUUGCAAUAUAUUUAGUAAAAUCUCAAAAUUUUAAUAAUGUUUGGAGAGGCUUAACAAUUUGAAACAAAUCUGUUUUGUUUCAGAGAACAUAUUAUUUGAUGUUAAUUAUUAAUUAAGACUACAGUAGAUUUAUCAAAAAUUAUGUUAUCUAUAAGAAUUUCAUUUAAAAUAUACCUAAGUAAGAAUAUUAUAUUAAUGGAUUUUAAGACCAAAAAUGUGCUGUGUAUAUAUGUCAAAAUAUAUAUUGAAUGAU